AUGUGGUAUGGUUGUGCUAAUCGAAUUAGAACAAAUUUGGCGAUUCCACCAGAACAUUGUAAUUUUUGGAGUGACUCAUCAGCAGCACUUAGUUGCAUCGCAAUACCACCUACUGAAAAAGAAACAUGUAUAGCAAACAGAAUCAUAGAAAUUCAACAAUUAACAUGGCAAGCUAACUGGUAUCAUAUUAGUACAAGAGAAAAUCGAGCAGAUUUAAUUUCUAGUGGGGCCUUUUCUAGUCAACUGAUUGGAACAAAUUUAUGGUGGAACGGACCAGAAUGGUUGUCACGAGAACCAGGUCAACUGCUGACAAAACUAGUUACCAAUCGAGCACCUACUGUAUUAGUUACUCAACAAAAUCCAGUUGAACAGUCAUGGCUACACAAGUAUUCCUCUUUUGAGAAGUUAGUUCGAGUUACAGCAUUUUGUCUACGUUUUCAAACCAACCUCGCUAAAUCAAAACAUAUUACUAUAGCUGAAUUCCAAAAUAAGUCAAAGGCUAUUCUUAAAUUCGUACAAAGAGCACAAUAUGACAACGAAAUUAAAGAUGUACAAAAUGGUCAGGAAGUGAAGAAAACAAGUACACUAAGACAUCUAAGACAUUUCCUCGAUAACGAUGGUCUUCUUCGAGGGAAAGGGCGAUUAGAGAAUUAA